AUGGCAGCAAAAGAAUUCGAUCCAAUUGAUGGCCUAUUCGACACAUACACAAAUGAAACAUCGGACACGAUUGAGUUAAAAGGGAUUGAAGCUCUUUGUGAAGAUUUAGAGGUGAACCGUGCAGAUGUUAGAAUACUCAUUCUUGCUUGGAAAAUGAAAGCUAAAAAUCGGGAUGUUUUUACUAAGGAUGAAUGGCGAAGAGGCCUUGAAGGUUUAGGAGCAAAUACAAUCAUAGAAUUAAGAAAAGUACUUGAUGUACUAAAGAGAGAGAUGUCCGUGAUAGAGUCUUUUGAUGCUAUAGUGGCACCAGAGUUCUUUGAGAAUUUUUAUAUCUAUGCAUUUCAAUACAACCUAAAUGAAGAUCAACGAGUAGAUAUUAAAUCUGUUUGUCAGCUGCUAAAUGUUGUUCUAGGACCCGCAUUCCCUAUUCAGGUCGAUUUAGUAACUGAGUAUCUAAAGGUCCAGAGAGACUAUGACUCUUUCAAUGAAUAUCAUUGGUCUGGUUUCUUUCCUUUCUUUAAAGAGGUUAGAUUUCAAAAUCUUCAAAGUUAUGAUGCUUCCAGUGAAGUCUGGCCGGAGAUCAUCGAUGAUUUUGUUGAAUGGUUUAAAGAGAACGAUUAUAAACUUUAA